AUGGUUGUAAAUGUAACAAACAUCAAAGUGGCGUCGGAUGGAAUAUGGGAAGGAGACAAUCCUCUCAACUGUGCCUUUCCUCUUUUAAUAGUACAAGUCAUACUUGUUCUCUUCAGCAGCCGCUUCCUUGCCUUCCUCCUCAGACCCCUACGUCAACCCAAAGUCGUGGCCGAGAUCCUCGGAGGGAUAUUGUUGGGACCUUCAGCAUUGGGUAGAAACAAAGAAUUUGUUGAACUAUUUUUUCCGAAAUGGAGCACACCAAUACUUGAGUCAGUGGCAAGUAUCGGUCUCCUUUUCUUCCUCUUCCUAGUCGGUCUAGAGCUGGAUCUCACAGCUCUAGGCCACACAGGAAAAAAAGCUUUUGCCAUAGCCCUCGCUGGAAUCUGUCUCCCAUUUGCUUUAGGCGCGGCCAUAUCUCUAUUCCUCCGUACAGCCGUGGAGAAGGAUCAUGGCUCGGCUGGGUACUGGCAGUUCCUUCUCUUUAUUGGAGUUGCUCUUUCCAUCACAGCUUUCCCAGUCCUUGCCCGUAUCUUAGCCGAGCUCAAGCUCUUAACCACAAGCGUUGGCCAAACAGCGUUAGCGGCUGCAGCCUUCAACGACAUAGCCGCAUGGAUCCUCCUUGCCCUAGCUGUGGCUCUCCCCGGUAGCCACGACCAUCAAAAACAUGUCUCCCCAUUGAUAUCCAUAUGGGUCCUCCUCUCGGGUGUCACCUUUGUAAUCUUCAUGUUUUUUCUGAUCCAACCUGCCAUGAGAUGGACCAUCAGGUACUAUGACGGGACCAUGCACGAGGCUUGCAUAUGCCUAACUCUAGCAGGAGUCCUGAUCUCUGGUUUCAUCACUGACCUAAUAGGACUACACUCCAUUUUCGGAGCGUUUGUCUUUGGUCUAAUCAUACCAAAAAGGGGGUCAUUCAGCGACCGACUCGUUGAGCGGAUAGAGGACUUUGUCUCCGGGCUACUGCUUCCGCUCUACUUUGCAUCUAGUGGACUGAAGACGGAUGUGAAUAAGAUCAGAGGUGCAGAUGCGUGGGGGAUACUGGCCUUGGUCAUAUCCACUGCUUGUGCAGGCAAGAUCAUAGGUACCUUCCUCAUGGCGAUGAUGUGCACCAUACCGGCGCGUGAAUCCCUCACUUUAGGUUUUUUGAUGAACACUAAAGGGCUAGUUGAGCUAGUUGUUCUCAACAUCGGCAGGGAGAAGAAGGUACUAAACGAGGAGAUGUUCGCAAUUCUAGUAGUGAUGGCUCUCGUCACAACCUUCAUGACGACUCCCUCAGUCGUGGCUAUAUACAAACCAAUGAACUAUGGCGGUUUGGACAGUACUGCAUCUGGUGGCAAGGGGAAUUUACGCAUACUAGCCUGCGUACGUAGCCCCCGAGACGUCCCUUGUAUAAUCAAACUCGUCGAGUCUUUUGGUACGUCCAACGGAUCAGUCAAAUUAUAUGUGAUGCACUUGAUGGAACUUAUUGACCGUCCAUCCUCCAUCUCAAUGGUCCAACGAACGAGGAAAAACGGUGUGCCGUUCAUAAACAAGUUGUGUAAAGAGAGGUCACGUGACGAGAUAGAAGAUGCGUUCAGUACUUACGAACAGGUUAGAGACGAGAAGCAGAAGAUAAAGAUACGCCACUUGAAAAGUGUGUCGGCGUUGGGGACUAUGCACGAGGACGUAUGCAACGUUGCGGAACAUAAGAAGGUGUGGAUGAUCGUAUUACCGUAUAUGGUAACGGGAUGGAGAGUGGUUAAGCAGAGAGUGAUAGAAAAUGCUAACUGCUCGGUCGCGGUUCUAAACCAUCAAGAGGCUGGAGAAAGCAGUAUUAGUAGCGGCGAGGGGCCAAAAAGGGUAGGAGUUGUGUUUAUUGGUGGACACAACGAUAGAAAAGCACUUGAGAUUGGAAGCAGAAUGGCCCAAAACCCCAAGAUCAUUGUAACACUCUUGCGAUUCUCGGAUAACACCAUGGCUUCUCCAUAUUGUGAAAAGGAGAUUGAUGAGGGAGCUGUGGAAGAGUUUAAGAAACAAUGUGAAGGUUUAGUGGUCGAGCAUGAAGAGAUAGCAGUUGAGGGAAGUCUAGCAAAGAUUGCGAAGGCAAUGGGAAGGAAGGAGUACGAGCUUGUAAUAAUUGGAAAUCGACAAGUUUUAACAAGUUACUAUGAGAUGGGACGAGUCGAGGUUUCAACACUUGUCAUUCAUGGAUGCAGUGAAAAUGACAGAGCUAAAACUAUUGUGGGAGAUAAUGUCUGAGACUAGUGAAAAGGAGAUGAACCUUAUGUAAAUAUAAUGAUCCUCUAAAUAAUUAACCACUGUAAAAUAAUUUGGUGGAGAACUUUUAAUUUACAAUGUUGCUUCCCAAUAAAUAUUGAAAAUUUUCUCAAAUUUAUAGUGGAGAAACUAUGUCUGGUUAUUUUAAAUGUAUUUCGAAGAACUGAGCCAAAUCAAAUUGAACUAAAAUUCAUUUUUAACGGUUACUGUUUUUAUACCAAAAAAUCAAAAUUAUACUAAAAUUAAAAUUUUUUUUUGCAAAUAUGACUCAAAACUUGUAGUCAAAUACAAAACUAACCCAUGUUUUUUUUUGAAACUUUGACUUGUCUCUUUCACCCUUAAAGUUCAGAUUAUUCACGAAAAUGCCAUCAUUUUUUUUCUUUUCAAAAAUGCAUAUUUUACUCAAUCACCCUCAUGUUCCUCAAAUAUUCACAACAUUGUCAUUGCCAUCAAUACACCAACUACCAUGAACAACCAAUUUGAAGCUCUUAUAAUGCACUUAAAAAUCGAUUUCAACUAUUUCUUUCUCAAUUCUUAUGAAGUAAAAACAAUCUCUCUUUACUUUCUCUCCAUAUUCAUCCAAAAAAUAACCAAAAUUUUGAUUCUAAAUUUUUUAUGGUUCAUAGAGCCAUUGAAGGUUACGAUUCUCGGUGGUUUACUUUCGUUUGAGCUUCUGUGUGCUUGGAGAAGACUCAUUUGUGCUAAGGAAGUUAUCUCACUAAUUUAAGGUAUGAAAUCGAGAUUUUAUCCAGAUCAGUUCGCCUAGAAGACUUCCGAGUAAGUCUUCUGGCUGUAGAAGACUUACAUGGAAGUCUUCUGGUCAAUGCAGAUGUUAGUUUUGCAAUUGACUUUUAAAUGUGUUUUUUUGAGACGGCUUACACUGAAGUCGUCCAUUUUUUUGUUUAAACAAAUCUUGAGGAACCCAGAGACGACUUCCAUGUAAGCCGUCCAGGAUAAACAUGUUAGUUUUGCAUUUGACCGGAAUGUGUCAGAAAUUUGACUUCUUCUGGACGAUUUACUUGUAAGUCAUCCAAUAGAAAACAAAAAAAUCAAUAUUUUAUAAUAACUAGACGACGUCCAAGUAAGUCGUUUCAGGUUAGUUUUGCAAUUGAAAAAUAAAACUUAAAUAUUUAAUUUAUUCUAGAUGACUUACUUGAAAGCCGUCCAGUCGACGACUUACAUGAAAGUCGUCCAUGAUUUUAUUCCCAGAUUCUGGUCAAACCUUGCUUAUCUUGGACGACUUCCGAAUAAGUCAUCGACCGGACGACAUUCAAGUAAGUCGUCUAGAAAAUAAGUUUUAUUUUCCAAUUGCAAAUCUAACCUGAAACGACUUACAUGGAAGUCGUCUAGUUAUAAUAAAAUAAUGAUUUUUUUUUGGUUUUCAACUGGACGAUGUAUGGGUUAAUCGUCCCGAACUGGACAACUUCUUUGUAAGUCAUCCCGGAAAAGUCAAACUUCUGACACAAUCCGGUCAAAUGCAAAACUAACAUGUUUAUCCUAGACGACUUACAUGUAAGUUGUCUCUGUUUUUUUCGAGAUUUUUUUUAAAACAAAAUUAUGCUAAUAUUUACAAAGGAAGACUUCCAAAGAAGUUUGCUGUAGAGAAGACUUCUCUGGAAGUCGUCCUUUGUAAAAUUUUAAUUGCAAAAAUGACCUAAAUGGAUGACUUCUACGGGAGUCUACCAGAAGACCUCCGUGGAUGUCGUCUGCGUCAAUGUUUGCAAUUUCUCUAAAACUAUAAAGACUUUUAAACAUUUUUUCG